AAAAUUAACCGAGAACAUUGACCGAUUUGCAUCAACUUCUUUUAAUUCAACUACUACCGGUCCAGUAUCAGUACUUGUGGACCUUGACUCGAAAUGUCCGACAAUAUUUCCUUAGCUUAAAAAGCCAGUUCUCCUUCAAUUCCUAAACUUCAUCUUUCUCUUCUAUCUUCCUAGGAAGGCUUCAUCAUGACCAAUAACGCUGGCACUGCUGCACCAGUGACAAACACACCUCCCCGCAACUCUGGCUUGGUUACCGACCUUAAGUCCACCCCACACGCAGUUGGCUCCGCUGUUGUCAGCGAACAUAUCAAUACUGUGGGCGUCGAUGAUGUCCGUCCAUGGAUCGCGCGCGACGUCAGCAACUUUAAGCGAUGUGGGGCAGACGAAAUGCUGCAACAACUCCUUGAAAUGUGCACCGAUUCCACCGAAUCCCUUUCUCCAAGUAAGAAGUCCACACUACUCGAUACUUGCCUCGAUGCUGUCCUGCACCUCUGCAAUGGGUCAGGUGUGGCGCAGAAGAUCAAGCAACAUCUAACGAAAUUUUGUAAUGUCGAGAGCGAAACCCCGUCUUACACUGAUUUCGUCGAGGUUGCCAACCGUGCGCUUCGUGGACUAAGGAAGGUGAACGUACCUGGAAUACCUGCCUUCCAAGACGACGGCGAAACCAACGUGCUCUUUCAUGUGAAUGAUCCAUCGUACAUACACCAAGAACAUCAAGGCGAGAAGUCCAGCCGCAAGCCUGAUGUCGUCGUCGUUUCUCACCAGAGCGCUGCGGAUAUCAUACCGGAGGGAAAAUCUACAGAUGUUUACCGGUCUGCGUGCAAGGCGCCCACCAAAGACCAUCAGAACUUCCGAUGGAUGGAAGUUCGAACGACAUUUGAGUUCAAACGCCCGAAGACGCGUCUGCCUCAUCCCCCAUCUGCCUACAAUAAAGACUACGUGGUUCCUGCUGUAAUGUAUAUGGAGUACAUGAAGGACGCGGAUGCGCCUGCUCAGCCAACAGACUCAACGUCUGACGAUGGUCCUGCUCAGACCCCGAACGAGCUGAAAAAUAUAUCCGACCGACUUAGAAGUAACAAACGUGGCUCUGAUCAUUUAGGCUCAAACGAGCCGUCCACCAGCAAACGAUCCAGGCAGGACGAAGAGAGGCAAUCCAAGCAGGAAGAGAGGGGGAAGGAGAAAAAGAAGAAGGAGCCGAAGAAACUUCAUCCUGUGGUCCAGAAUGGAUUGUAUGUUGCAGAGAUGUUCGCGGCUCAUACCGCGCGUCAGCACGCCAUCUCGUUUAUAGUAAAUAAUGAUAUCGUUCAUAUCUGGUGGUUCGAUCGUCAGCACACGAUUCAAUGCGCUGGCAUCAACUUCGUUCAGGACCUUCCACGAUUUGUUGUCUUGCUCUUCAUCAUACAGCGCAUGGGCUAUAAACAAUGGGGCCUCCACCCGUUGUUCGAACCUGAACCUGGAUAUGAAGGCGAGAUUAUCGUCGAGUAUGAGGAUAGCGCGUACAAGGGAGGCAAGGAUAAGAAGAAGCGCAUCGAUCUUACAUUGGAUUUGAGGUCUAACAAGCGCACAACUCAUUUCGGUCUACGGGGACGCGCAACCACUGUUUUUCCAGUGAAGAGCAAGGCCUUAUCGGCUCUUCCGCGGCGGUCCCAUUUUCUCAACGAAUCCACCGAAUUUGUUGCCAAGCUCUUCUGGCCAGAAGAGGCACGGCAGAGCGAGCCUGAGAUCCUCGAAGAGGUGUACAAGAUUGCGAAUGAAGAUCCGGAUGUGUUGGGUCAUGUUCCAGAGAUGGUUUGGUUCCACAAGUUUGAAGGGACAUCCACGGCGACAAUUAGAAAGGCACUAGGAAUAGACGACGCGGGCAGCCGUGUUCUAUACAUUAUCGUGUUCAGAAAGCUUGAACCAAUCACGACGCUGAGCGGGGAGGAGUUCCUUCUCGCAUGGUGGGAAGUCGUUAAGUGCCAUCGUGCCCUCUGGAAGAGGGGCGUGCAUCACCGCGACAUCAGUCCCAGCAAUCUGAUGGGAUACCGCCUACGUGGUCGAUUCAUGAGCGUCCUGAAUGAUUUCGACUUGUCGUCGAUCAAACGAAUUUUGUCUUCAAUUCAGGACUCUCCCAGAGGCUUCGAACGCACAGGCACGGUACCCUUCAUGUCGCUACACCUUCUCACGGAGAAAGCCAUCGCAGGAGAAGUCGAGCACCUGUACCAUCAUGACGCUGAAUCGUUCAUCUGGGUCCUCACUUGGAUCUGCCUUCGAUAUGAAAAUGGCGAGCUCCUCAGGAGGAACAGACCGCUCGAUGAAUGGUUGACAGUGGAUGCCAAGGGAUGCCAUGAAAAAAAAUCCAGCUAUUUGUUAAGGAUUGGCGAAAUACAUCCAACGCGAUCGCACAAAGAAAACUUCGAAGUUGUCAUGAGUUGCAUGGACGUGGUUCACAGAUACUCAGGCCCAAAAGCGUCCGUUCCAUCGGACAAUGAAGUGGUCUUCAAAACAUGGCUCCUGGACCAUAUGCCCCAGAAUGUACUUGAAGGCAAUGUUUCUUCUGCGGAGUAGGUAUUCUUGCAGUCAAGGCAGCGUACUUCCGAAAUGUGAUAUCUCAUCGAUAUUUCAAUACCCGCGUACAUAAAGCCAUGUAACAUUCAAAUAUUCAAGUACCAUGACGAUCUUUGCAUUACUAUAUACCCUUGAUUUUUGAUUUAUAUUCUCGAUUUGCAUCGAUUUCAACUAUCCUUAUUUGUGGGCUUUGCAUUGAAGUUUCACAUUGAGUAUGAUUGCGCUUUCCACAGCUUAAUUACAGCUUCAUGCCGUGUUUUGUUUUCAGGGUGAUUUGCUUAUAUAAGCAUUUGAUUACCU